CUUUUUUUCAUUUUAUUUGUUAUUAUUAUUAUUUUGUAAUUGAAGCAUUUCGAUUCCGCCGCCACGUGAACUCAUCACCGCAGUCAUGAUCCAGAGGAAGGAGGUGGUGCUGUCCACCCUGAGAGAGCUCCAGGAGGCCACGGAGAGCUCGGGCCUGGACGCGCUGGUCCUGAAAGCCCUGGAGGUGGACCGGCUCCUGGCUCCCUUCCCGCUGCCGCGCCUGCCCUGCCGGAGCUUCCCCGAGUGGGCCGGCGUGGACGACGUCGCCCGGGGCCUGUACCCGCGGGACGCCCCUGCCGACCUCGUGCCGCUGCGCUGCAAAGGAAAGGGCAACUUGCUGUUCGCCGCCGCGAGCAUGCUGCUGGUGGGCAACAGUGGGCUGAGCUUGGAGUUACAGGUAAGGACGGUUGUGGAAAUGGUCCUGUGGAAGAGGUACUACCUGUCCGGGAUGAUCGACUCCAAGAUGAUGCUCCAGGCGGUCCGCUUCAGCCUCUGCGCCGAGGAGUCCGAGGCCACGAUCAACCUGUCGGCGAGCGUCCUGGAGGCCAUCUUCGACGCCGACGUCAAGGCCUCGUGCUUCCCCGACUCGUAUGCCAACAUGUGGCACGUGUACGCGCUGGCGUCUGUGCUCCAGGUGAACAUAUACUCCGUCUACCCCAUGUUCAACCACAAGAUCCGAUCCUACUUUAACCGAGUCAUCCGGCCCAGGACUUGGCCCAAAGAGCGCGAGCCUCAAACCUUCCACAUCAUGUGGUCCGGCGAGUUGCAAGCCGAGACUUUGUUCCGACCCGAUCACUUCGUGGCGCUGGUCCACGUGAGCGACUUUGCUUCGAAGAGCGAGGAGCCCAUCAACCAAGACUCCCAAUUCUCCUAUCCCAGUCUGAAGGACAAGUACAACAUCACAAAGAGGACCUUCUACCGCUGGAAGAGGCAGUCUCAGGAGCACUGUAAGAAGUCCACAGCCCGCUACGAGGCCAAGUACUUCCUGCAGGCGUGCUACCUGGAAGGGAAGCUCAUCCCGCUGCACCAAUUCAAAGAGUUCUUCCCAGAAAUCUCCAGGUCUUCCUACUACAACUGGAAGCAGGAGCUCCUGAAGUCGGGCGGAACCUUCUCCACGUCGUCGUCCACGGGAGAGAUAAGUCCCGGCGAGAGCACGGAGCAGGAAGCCUGGUCCUCGCCUGAACUCAGACAGGACGAGUCAGACCAACAAGACAGCGUGGCCGGCAUGUUCCAGCUCAGCUUGGGGCCUCUGGAUCUGGAGCGGGCCCAGAGUGUCGCCCACAUGCAGCAAGCCAAACGCUGCUUGCAGAACUGCAUAGCCACCAACGCCUCAUUUCCCUUCAGGCUCUUCAAGCGCAACUUCCCAGGCAUCUCCAGGUCUACCUACUACAACUGGAGGAGGGAGGCCCUGCUGUUCAACGGAGGCUACAAAGCCAGCAGCUCGGACAGCUCGGACGCCGACAAGAGCCAAAGUCCUAAAAGCAUCUCUAUGGUGUUGCAGAACAUCGGGGAAGCAGCUCCAUGGACCAAGAUCUGCAGGCGUAAGCACAGACGUUUCCAGCUGGCAUACAUGAGUAAGAAACAACUCCGAGAGGUCGCCAAGCUGCUGGUCCAGAAGUCCAAAUUGUCCUUGAGCAAGUUCAAGCUCAGGUUUCCGACUUUGUCCCUCUGCUUCUUCUGGCUGUGGCGUAGCGGCAACAAAAAGAGGAUGGUGACCGAGGUCAACGCCCCUGAAGUCGAGGAAAGGCCGAUGGCCAUCGUCAACAUCGUAGACAACCGCAAGGCGCUCCCGCCCGCAGAGAUCCCCGCGUACGUUGCCGGCCCCGCCGCGGCACAUCCCAAGCACAGCCUGGCGGGCUCAUUGCCGGACAGGCAGACGCUGGCCGUGGACGUCGUGGCUCUGGCCAACUUUAAAGCCAAGGCCAAGCUGUUUCUGCAGCAGCGCUUCGAGGAGAAGUCCUUCCCCACGUUCAAGGAGUUUCGUUCCUACUUUCCCUUCACCCCGCGCUCCACCUAUUAUAUGUGGAAGCGGGCUCUGCACCACGGGGUGUCGCUGGUUCACGGCUGA